UAGGAAAAGAGUGAAGACGUUGGCCUUGAUAGUACAGACCGGCAGCCCGCCUACAGCCACCACCAGUUGACGGGUCGGGUCCGUUGCGCGAGGUGGUGUCUCGUCGUUGCUCUACGCAUCACUUUCACCCCACAGUUAAGGAGGAUCCAAACACACGCUGGGCCUUGCUGAGCAUCACCCGCGCCACUAAACAGGUUGCCGCCGGCAAGGCUAAGCAACUAUGUCAACAGAUACCACCGACCUCACGAGCUACGACAACCCGGCCUUCCUGACCGAUACCAAUGGCACCGCGGCCGACAACUUGGCUGAGGCCGAGGAGGGGAAGGCGACGCCGAGGGAGGAGGACAUACACACCUUGAAACGGGUGGUGGUGGGCGCGGAACACUCGUAUCCGCCCGAGAAGGAUACGGGCACAUCGGCCAACUCCUACCGCGUCAGCAGGUCACUGGAAAAUGGCACCCAGCUCCCUCAGGGGCAACCUGCCUCGCCGGAGGAACAGCACGAGGAAGGAGACGACGACGAGGACAACAGUCUCUGCAGCCUGUUCCCGGGCUACGCUUCACUCAAGGAGAGAAUCUACACCCUCGCCAAGGGCCGGGAUUUAGAGCGGUGGCUGCGGCGGCUCGUGCUCAUCGUGUUGUGCUGCCUCUACGUCGCCUACUUCAUCGCCGUGCUCGUUAUACGGUCAAAAGUCGAGGAGGAGGACUACUGGUGUGACGGAGACGGGUUCCUCAUCCUCCUCACCGUGUUUGUCGUGACGGGGAUCCUUUACUUCAAGGUCGUGAAGCCAUUAUGGGGCGAAUACUUGUACCACCACGUCGGUCUGCUCGUGAGUGCAUUGAUGUCCAAACUCUGGCGCUACAGGGUGGUGCGCAUCUGCCUGGGCCUCGGGCUGGUGCUGGCCGUAGCGAUCUUCGUGGUGGCGGACUCCUGGCAUGAACCUCACCGCCUCAUCUCCCUCUUUGGCGUGUUCGUGCUGCUCCUGUUCGGCUUCGUCUUCUCCACCGCCCCUCGCAAGGUGAGGUGGAGACACGUGGCCUGGGGGAUGGGCCUGCAGUUCAUCCUGGGGCUGAUGAUUCUCCGCUGGCCGCUGGGCAAGGCCGUGUUCCAGUGUGCCGGGGACAAGGUCUCCGCCUUCCUCGCCUUCACGGAUGCGGGCUCCGGAUUUGUCUUCGGAAAACUCGUCAGCGAACAACACAUAUUUGCAUUCCAGGUGCUGUCUGUGAUCCUGUUCUUCAGCUUCUUCAUCCAAAUCCUAUACUACUACGGCGCGAUGCAGUGGGUGGUGCUCAAGCUGGGCUGGCUCCUGCAGGUCUCCAUCGGCACCACCGCCUGCGAGAGUGUCAACGCCGCCGCCAACAUCUUCCUCGGCCAGACGGAGGCGCCGCUGCUCAUCAAGCCGUACAUUCCCCUCAUGACCAAGUCGGAGCUGCACGCCGUCAUGACCGGAGGGUUCGCCACCAUCGCCGGCUCGGUCCUCGCCGCCUACAUCUCCUUCGGUGUAGACGCCUCACACCUCCUGUCGGCGUCGGUCAUGAGUGCCCCAGCAGCCCUCGCCUAUGCCAAGCUUUUCUAUCCUGAAACCAAGCAAUCAAAAACCAGUUUCAAGGACAUCCAGAUUGUUAAAGGAGAUGAGGCCAACUGGCUGCACGCCGCCAUGGUGGGGGUGACCAACGCCAUCCCGCUCGUCGCCAACAUCGCCGCCAACCUCAUCGCCUUCUACGCCUUCAUCGCCUUCUGCAGCAGCAUCUUCGACUGGGGCUGCACGCUAGCCGGGGCCGAGGCAGGCGUGUGCUCCCUCGAGAGUCUGUUCGGCUGGAUCUUCAUGCCGCUUGCGUGGGUCAUGGGUGUGGACUGGGUGGAGUGUGACCUCGUGGGUGAGCUGAUCGGCCUCAAGACCAUCGUGAAUGAGUUCGUCGCCUACGCCAAGCUGUCUGAGAUGAAGAAAGCCGGGCUGCUAUCGAAACGCGCGGAGAUCAUCGCGACGUACGCCCUGUGUGGCUUCAGCAACAUCAGCUCCAUCGGCAUCAACCUGGGGUCCUUCGGGGCCAUGGCGCCCUCCAGGCGUGCCGACCUGGCCAAGGUGGUGGUGAGGGCCAUGAUCGCCGGUAGCUGCGCCUGCUUCCUCACAGCCUGCAUAGCUGGCACGCUGCUGAGCGACGCCGAUGCCCCCGGGAGUGUCACCACCGCCGUCAACGCCACCCUCGGCACCUAGAGCCGCCGGACGGGGCGCCGCGGCGUCGGGUGGCCAUCGCCCACCAACCCUCGACAACCUGAAGCCGAUCACAGUCACCCUCAUCGCAUCACACCAUCACCAGACUCCGCCUGGUAUUCAUCCGUCACUGGAGGGGAAGCAUCACAUUAUCCACGAGAGUUGUGAAUUAAUUUACCUUUACUAUGUACUUACUCAAAGUAUCGUUUUUUUUUUUUUU